ACAAAAUGUUUUGACAAAAACUUAAAACAAGCAAAUAAUCAACAUUUAUUGUUGCUGUUGUUGUUUUAGUGUUUAUACCUAAAGUAACUUGCAUACCAAACCGUCGUUACGACAGUGUUUAUUUAAUCUAAUAAAUUAUUUUUGUUUUAACACAAAUUUAAACGUUUUGCAACUUUCCCGUCGCAAGCUUUCACUGCACCAAAGUUAAUUAAUUAUUUGCUAUAUACUAAACUAAAAAAAUAACGCCAUGGGUUUAUCAGAAAAUCAAGCCAACAGCUAUAUGCCAACUAGCACAGGACCUGGUGGUCAAGUUGUCGUCAUGGAGUGCCCAAAUCAUCGCAUCUCCAACAAAAAGCUGCAUAUCUUGAAGAAAAUCAAAAAACGUUUCGGACUAGUUCGUCGCUCGCCAUCUUCCUGCCCAGGUCCCAACAACUUGCCACCCCUCCAAUUCCACACUGUACAUGGCGACAACAUACGGAUAUCACGCGACGGCACUUUGGCGCGUCGAUUCGAAAGUUUCUGCCGUGCAAUCACCUUCUCAGCACGUCCGGUGCGCAUCAACGAGCGCAUUUGUGUGCGUUUCUCAGAAAUUUCUAACAAUUGGAAUGGCGGCAUACGUUUCGGUUUCACCAGCAACGAUCCGGCAACACUGGAGGGUGCGCUGCCUAAGUACGCGUGCCCCGACUUAACGAAUCGUCCCGGUUUCUGGGCGAAAGCGCUGCACGAACAAUAUUGCGAAAAGGAUAAUAUACUUUAUUACUAUGUCAAUUCGGCUGGGGAUGUGAUCUAUGGCAUCAAUAACGUGGAGAAGGGCAUCAUAUUGAGCGGCAUCGAUACGCGCGGCUUACUCUGGACUUUGGUGGACAUCUAUGGUAAUUGCACUGCGAUUGAGUUCUUAGAUGCGCGCGUUUAUAUGUAUCAACAGAGCGGUAAUGGACUCGUGGCCGCCGGUGUAGCAUUACCUGCCGGCAAUGGUGGUGUUAUUGGUGCUGGUGGCACAUUGCCUGGUCCACAAAUACCACUGAAUCCACAUCACCCACAUCAGCAAUCGCGUCGCUCAUUGCCAGCUGUCGAGCAGGAUUUGGAUCGUCAUGUAUUGCCUUCAAUGCAAUCGCUGAACAUUUCCAUGGAACAAAUGCCGUUUGCACAAGAUAUGGCCAAUGGUCUGCCACCUUUACGCUAUAAUGCCAACGGCCGCCUCAUACCGGUACCCUUUCACAUUACCAAAGGCCGCAAUGUGCGUCUCUCCAUGGAUCGCUUCAUAGCGUCACGUACAGAGAAUGACUUCUGCCAGGGUUAUGUGUUCACAGCGCGUCCCAUACGCAUCGGCGAGAAGGUGAUUGUACAAAUACUUAAAACCGAACAAAUGUACUUGGGCGCAUUGGCGCUGGGCCUUACCUCUUGCAAUCCGGCGGGAUUGCAACCCUCCGACCUACCCAACGAUUCUGAUUUUCUACUCGAUCGCCCCGAGUAUUGGGUGGUGAGCAAGGAUAUCGCCUCACAACCACAACGUGGUGACGAGAUCGCCUUCUUUGUCGCACCCAAUGGUGAGGUAACCAUUAGCAAAAACAAUGGCCCUGCCGUUGUUGUCAUGCAUGUCGAUCAAUCACUGCAGCUGUGGGCUUUCCUCGAUGUUUACGGUUCCACACAGUCGGUACGCAUGUUCCGCCAACAGCUACCCAAUAUGGUUAAUUAUCCACAACAACCGCUCUCCGCCGCACCGUCGACACAACGCCUUCCCCAACACGGCAAUAUGUCAAUUGCCGAUUCGAUGAAUAGUCUGAAUAGUCAAAUGUCUGAAUCGCGCAAAAUGUUGCACACCUCUGCACUCACUGUGGCAUCACACAACACCAUGAACAGUUCUGCGGCAACGCUGGCCUCCAUGACGGCCAAUGCGGCGAUAGCGGCACAAACUCAUUGUAAUGUACCUGCAGCGACGGUGUCGACGGUCACGCCCGUCACCAAAACCAAUGGCAAUACCACGGCGACGGCGACCGGUCACAUGAUCAGUAUGCCAUCAAGUGGUGAUCUCAUACAGAUUCAGCCGAACGGUGGCGGUACUGUAUUGGUUGUGAAUUUGCCACCUGCGAACUCGUCACACGAACUGAAUAGUCUGAGUGGUAGUGGUAAUGGUGUGAGCGCGACAAGGCAGCCAACAUCGGGUGUACUGGCUGGCGCUUGUUCGACAACGAUAACCAGCAAUCAGUACAUUGAGCCUGUGUCCUCGUUGAACGGUUGCAAUUCCACUCAGGAGAUGAAUAAAUGGAAAGAUACCGUCGAUCACAGUGGCAAUGGCAGCGCUGGCGCUGAAUGCACAAUCUGCUACGAAAAUCAAAUCGACUCGGUGCUUUAUAUGUGCGGACACAUGUGCAUGUGUUACGACUGCGCUAUCGAACAGUGGCGUGGCGUCGGCGGCGGUCAGUGUCCACUAUGUAGGGCCGUCAUACGUGAUGUUAUACGUACGUAUACCACGUGAACGGCACAGUGAGGCACACAAAAAUAAUAAUACAAAAAAUUAACCUGAAAAAAGGCGAAAUGGAAUGCAACAAACUACGCUAAUGCCAAAUGUAGAGCCGAUUUUUUUUUAAAUUAACAAUUUCGCGUUACAACAAAGCAUUAGAUUAUUACAAUAAUAUAUAAAACAAUGAGAAUGUGAGAGUGUAAGAUGAACACGUAAUUCCUACAUUAGCUGAAAUUGCCUCCUAACAACGUAUAUAAUACGCGUAUCCCACAAAAGGAAGCAAAAAAUUGUGAAAAAAGCUAUUAGGCAACAGUAAAACCGUCAAGUGCUUAAAUUAAGCAUACAAACUGUUACUCGCAGUCAAAGACAGAUGAGAUGAAUGAAAGGUAAUCGAUAUAUGACCGAAUGACUAAACAACUCGCAAUUUUCUUAGAAGACUACAUACAUAAUUAAUAAAAAAUGCAACAAAAACAAAAACUGUCCAAAAAUAUAAGAGAACACAGCACUUAUGAUUAAAAAUAAACUAAAUUGUAAUUAAAACGUAUUAAAUUAUUAGUAACGUUAAAAAGCAGACUAGAGUACUUUAAGAAAAGAGCGAAAAAAUAAUAACCUGAUUUAAAAGCAAAAGAAAAACAAAAAAUGCAUUUACUCUAAAGCAGAGCAGACACGUGUAGAUUUUGUAUUUAGUACCUAGAAGUUAGAACUUAAAUAUAAUGCUAAUUCAAACAAAGACCAAAUGCAGAGUAGUGUUCAGAAUACGGCAAGAAUUGCAGCUGAACGCUGUUAACAUGCAAAUUGUAAAUUUAAAUUAAACUCAAAACAUAAAA